AUGUAUACAUCAAUUCUUAAUCCGAAUUCUUCAUCAUCAAUCAACACGAAUAUUAAUUCCAUUUCAUCUUCACAAAUUCAUCUUGAACUUAGUAAAAUUCUUCUUAAACAUGAUUCGCAUGCCAUACGUUUAUAUGAUUUUAUAAAUCAUGUGAAAAUUUUUUUUUAUAAUUCAAAUGAAUUUCGUUGGGAAAAUAAUUCAUAUAUUGAAGGAAAUUUAUUUAUUUAUGAAAGGAAAUCUAUCAUAAACAAUCAAAUAUAUCCAUCGUAUGCAUUUGCUAUUAUUAAUGAAAAACAAAAAUUUAUACAAGAAAUUACUUCAGAUAUGUCACACUAUGCUGAUAAAUUACGUUUAUUUUAUGAAAUUGUAAUAAAUGAUAAAUGUGAAGUAUUUUGUUUAUAUUUUGUGAAUGAAAAUGAAUGUCAACGAUUAAGUGUAUUUAUUACGCAAUUUAUUCAAUCAAUACGAAACUUUAAACAUCAACAAUCUCCUCUAAUUACUACCAAUGAUCUUCAAGCUACAGAAAAAAAUGAACAGUUAGUAUCGGAAAAUUUGUAUCAACAACAAACACCCACUCAAGUAUCCAAUUCAACUGCAUCUCAAAUUAGAUCUUCUCGACAAACAUUAACUCAACAACAAUCAACUCCAACAACAAAUAGUAAUAAUACUGAAGAUCCUACAUUAUCGCUCAAACGUUUGCUUAAUAUUUCACGUGAAAAUGAUUUACAUAAUGGAUCAAGUUCUUUAGCAGAAAAAAAUCCAAUAAAUUUUAUUCCACCAUCUGCCUUUGAAUCCGUAUCAUCAAUAAAUGUUGAACAUUUUCGUAAUGUUCUUCUUCAUUUAGUUCAAAAUAAUGAUCAUUUUUUUGAUAUUAUACAUCAAGCAUGUCUUAAUGAUUCCAUACAAUAA